AUGUCAGAUGAAAGUCCGAAGAAACUAAAGUUUCUUUCGCUUGGUAAUUGCAAGAGCGCAAUCCGAUUAGUCCUCAAACUAAUCCAAUUUGCAGAUGGAGGUGGUGUAAGAGGCUUGUCGUCUCUUAUCAUUCUCAAGAGGGUCAUGGAUAUCCUUGGCGCCAAAAUGAAACGACAAGACUUGCAGCCAUAUCAGUACUUUGACCUGAUCGGAGGCACAAGCACUGGAGGUAUCAUCGCGCUGAUGCUCGGUCGCAUGCGAAUGAGUAUCGACGAUUGUAUCAACGAGUACCAACGACUAGGUAGCAUCGUCUUUGGAAAGCCACGCAACGGCGAGUAUAUGUUCGAUGAGAAGAUUCUCGUUCGCGAGACAAAGGCUGUCGUUGCGAAGUACUUGGGUAAGGAGGAUGCACCGCUUCUUGACCCUCUCGGAGAUGAUGCAUGCAAUACUGUCGUUUAUACCAUCCCAUACCAAAAUGCAGUUCAGCAAACAGCUACAGCUUUGCGCUCGUACAUAAACGAAGACAAGGACCCGAGGCCCAAGGCAUGGACUAUUUGGGAAGCUGUUAGAGCGACAUCAGCUGCACUGACCGUUUUCGAGCCCUUCGUCCACGGUCCACCUGGAAAAGAAGUUCGAUACAUGGAUGCUGGCUUUGGCUACAACAACCCGAGCGAUCUAAUUCUCCAAGAGGCUAGAAGUCUUUGGGAAGGUGAUCACUACCUAACCCUUAACUCCGACGUAGGAGUCUUUCUCAGCCUGGGCACUGGCAUGGGACAUAUCGUCCGAAUGGACAAUGACACCGUCAUUCAAACUGUCACAGCCAAGUUCCGAGCACCUGUCAAGGCAGUCGACGCCAUGAAGCAGAUCGUCACUGGGACUAACAGAAUUCACCGAAUCGUUGCUGAUCAAUUUGGGUCGAACAGCAUCAGGUACUACCGGUUCAACGUGGAUCAAGGCCUCGAAGGCGUGAAGCUCUUCGAUCACAAGAGGAGAGAGGACAUGGAGGUUGAUACUGAUGCCUAUCUUGAGAAGUUCGAGGUAGGAAGACAAGUAAAGAAAUGCGUGGAUGUUAUGAAGGUUCUGCCUGUACGAGAACCAGGUUUGUUGGAUAACCGGCACGACGAAGAGGAUAUAUAUAGUCUUGGAGAUGAUGGAACUCCAGAACAACGGAAGCUAUUGGAGAGAUUGAAGGCCUUGAGAAUAAACCGUGAGUACUUUGAGCGGCAUCAAAAAGACUGGGAGAGUCAGGUCAAUAAGCCAGAGGCAAAGUACCAUAAGCGUCUUUAUAGAGCUAAUAGCCACUUAGAAGUCGAAACGGUGGGAUACUUGUGGAACGCCGUCGUCCAAGCCGAUCUACUCGACGAGCGAGGUCGAGAGAUACUGGUAUCCUGCACACCAAACCCACAUCGCCCUCAGCUCACAGUCACGGACGAGUGCAAAGCAAUCGCAUACUACAGCCCAGGAGACGAAACACCCGAGAGGAUCGCGUCUAGGAUAGAGCUAGCUAACCAAGAUCUUUCACAUGCUUUUCACAUCCUCCGCCAAAUACGCUACACGGCUGCAGCUUAUUGGGAAUGGGAAGAGCAUAGUCUCGUGUACUACUGGGUUGCGAAGAGGAUGGGUGGCAUUCUGGAACUCUGGGGAUGUCGUCGUGAGGCUAGGGACCUUUACUUGGAGGCGAGAGAUGGGAAGGUCAAGAUGUUUGGGGUGGACCAUUGGUCUGUAAGGAGUUUACAAGAUAAGUUGGAGAAGUUAACGUAUACACUUCGAGAAUAG